AUGUACACUGAAGGGACAUUCAGAGAAACAGUGUUUCACGAAAUGUCAUGCCUUAAGAAAGUGGGACACAUCAGAAAGAACUGUCAACACGUAAAGAGAAAGAAUCAGAGAAAGAAAGACGUCAAAACUUAUCAUGUGGAGUCUUGUUCAGAUAGUGAAAGUUCAGAAGAGAGUAAUUCAGAGCUUGAGAGCGAGAGUGAGGAGUCAAGUGAGGAAAUUUUAUUUGUGGAGGAGGUGUUAGAUUAUUCACUAGUAGAUAACUCAGAGAGUGAGUUAGGUGAAUUUGACACAAGUUUAGUGUGUCAGUCCUCUGUUUAUCAUGAUGUUGAUUUUGAAAAUGAAAUUUCUGACCUAGAUUGUACCAUGCUCAAGUUUUCUGAGAGCAAUGUUGAAAUUCAUAAUGAUUUUUAUGAUGACAAUGAACUGACAGUUAACUACACGAAUAUUUCUAAACCACUCGUUCAGGUUAAAUUGAAUGGAGUUAAUCUACAGAUGGAGUUCGACAGUGGAUCCACGGUAAGUAUAGUUAGUUGUGAUGAUUUUUCUAAGUUAGGGUUAGGCAAGAAAACAACAAUUUUUCAAGAAAGGCAUAAGACCCUGCGUGUUGCUAACAACGAGAGACUGUCUGUCAAAGGUAAAAGUCUGGUAGACGUUGAGUUCAACGGAAGACUGAUACAGGGAUUAGAGCUGUAUCUGAUAGAUGACAAGUGCCCGUCGCUCAUGGGGCAGUCAUGGAUAACAGAGUUUUUAGGACCAGACUGGCUGACAAAGAUUCUUAACCUUCAGAAGGACAAAGAGACUGUUGAUGCAAAUGUGUGUAGUAGUGUGGAUGAAGAACUUGUCACUGCAGUAUCAGACAGAGACAUGGAAGUAUUUAAACUCAGAACGAUUAGUAAACUCAAGGAAAGUCUAAUCUUUCAGCAAGGUUUAGGACUUAUCUCAGGAGCUGAAGCAAAGCUGAUUCUCAAGGAAGGAGCACAGCCUAAAUCACUUGGAGUGAGACCGUUACCCUAUGCUAAGAAGAAGCAAGUCGGGGACGAGUUACAGAGAAUGAUCAACGAAGGGAUUUUGAGCAAAGUUGAGGGAGCAAGUCCUUGGGGAACACCCGUAGUUCCAGUGUUUAAAGGAGAGAAGACAAGGAUUUGUGGAUCAUACAAUCUCACGUUGAAUCCAGGGAUGGCAGCUCAGCAAUACCCGUUACCUUCAAUAGAAGAGUGCUUUAACAAGGUAACAGGGGGUAAGAAGUUUACUAAGCUGGAUGCUCGACAAGCUUACAACAACAUUCCGAUCAGAAAGGAAGACAGGAUUUUAACGACAAUCAACACCCAUCUAGGACAGUUGAUGUGGAACCGGUUACCGUAUGGUAUCGCACCCGCUGCUGCGAUUUUUCAGGAGACCAUUGACCAAACUCUAGCCGGGAUUCAAAUGUGUUGUUGUAGAGUCGACGAUAUUCUCAUAUCAGGAAAAGACGAUGAAGAGCACAUGACCAUUUUGAACGAGGUCAUAACGAGAUUAGAAAAUCAAAGUUACAGAUGUAAACCGGAGAAAUCCCAGUUCAUGGAACACGAAGUGACGUACCUAGGUCACACUUUGAACAAAGACGGAAUAAAGCCUGUAAAAUCCAAAGUGGAAGAUUUACUGAAGAUGAAAGUACCAAAGUCGGUGGACGAACUUGUAUCAUUUCUUGGAGGAGUGAACUACUACAGAAGGUAA